AAAAAAUUCAACUCUUUUUAAUUCCACUCUUUUUUUCCUUGUAUUUCAUGUCUGCCAAUUCAAUCCAGUUUACAGCAAUCUCGGGGGCCAACAACGAGGAUGCAGUCUGCUAUCUGCUUGAAAUUGACGAGGCCAAGAUAUUGCUGGACUGUGGCAGCUUCGAGGAGUACAGCGGCGAGGGCCUGGCGCAGCUGCAGCGCGUGGCGCGGCAGGUAGAUGCAGUGCUGCUGUCGCAUGCCGAUGCGGCGCACGUCGGCGCCUACCCGGUGGCGUUUGAGCGGUGGGGGCUAACGUGCGCAGCGUACGCGACACAGGCGGUGGCUAUGAUGGGGCGCGUGUGCAUGCACGACGUGACCAAGGCACUGCGUGCGCGCGAGGAUUUUGAGCUGUUUGACGAGCGCGCGGUUGAUCGGGCGUUUGACAACGUCACGGCGCUGCAGUACUCGCAGCCGGUGUCAUUGGGCGGGCGGCACAGCGGCAUCACGGUGACGGCGCACGCGGCGGGCCACUCAGUGGGCGGCGCCGUGUGGACGAUCAGCAAUGGCGCCGAGACUGUGUUGUACGCAAUGGACUACAAUCACAUGCGCGAGGCGCACCUGGGCGGCAGCAGCCUGCUGGUCGGCGGCCAGGGACGUGUCAACGAGCGGCUUGCGCGGCCGUCGCUGCUGAUCACCGACGCGUACAACGCGCAGUACCGGCUGCCGCCACGGCGCCGGCGCGUUGAGGCGUUUGUUGAUGCUGUUGGACAGGCUGUGCGGCGCGGCGGCAAUGUGCUUGUGCCGGUCGACUCGGCCGCGCGCGUGCUGGAGAUCGCGUACGUGCUCAACGAGUGGUGGGGCCGCGAUCGUGCGCGCCGCGAAUCGCACACGCUGUACCUGCUGGGCCGGUGCAGCCGCAAGGCGCGCGCCUUUGCGCAGUCGCUGGUCGGGUGGAUGGCCGACGGGCUGGGCAGUGCCACACCGGGAGCGGGCUCUGCAGAUACCAAGCCGUUUGACCUGCGGCACGUCGUGGCCGUGCAGAGCCUGGCCGAGCUGGACCGCCGCAUGGGCCAAGCUGAUCAGGACCGGCGCGGCGGCGGCGGCCGGCGGCAGCAGCAGCAACGAGCGCGCCAUGCCGUCGUGCUAGCGUCGCUGGACAGCAUGUCGCUGGGGUUUGCGCAGGAUCUGUUUGUGCGGUGGGCUGGGGCACGCAACAACGCUGUGGUGAUGCCGCAGCGCGGGCCGCCCGGGUCGCUGGCGCGGCGGCUGUACACACGCUGGCUCAAGCACACGCAGCGCAAGGACGUGCGCAAUGGCGCCGCCGAGGCCGAGCUGGUGCGGCCGGCGCGGCUGCCAGUUGGGUCGGACAUUGCCGUGACGCUGCGGCGGCGCGUGGCUCUGCAGGGCGCCGAGCUCGAGGCGUGGCAGGCGCAGGAGCGGCGGCGCUGCGAGGAGGCUGCGGCGCGCGAGGCCAUGCUGCGGCGCGAGCGCACAAUGGCUGACAGCGACGCUGUGGGCUCGGACGCCGACUCGGACGGCGACGGCGACAGCGAUGGUGAGGCGGAUGCUGCAGCCGUUGAUCUUGCGGCGCCACUGUCCGAGCUGGACCUGGCAAUGGAGCGACUGCGCAGUGGGCUGAGCUACGAUCUGCAUAUCGGCGGGCUGCGCGAUGCACGCUGCACGUUUCCGUUCCAGGAGAAGCUGCGGCGCGCCGACGAGUACGGCGAGAUCUUUGACACAGCGGCGUUUGAGCUGGCGCCCGAGCCCGACGACUCGACCAACCUGGCGCACCCAGGGGGGUCAGACGCGGGCUCAGACGGCGGCGGCUCAGACGAUGAGUUUGGCGGGCGGCCGACCAAGGCCAUUCGCGAGGAGCGGCGCGUGGCGAUCAACUGCCAGCUGGCGUUCGUCGACCUUGAGGGCCGCGCUGACGGCACGUCGGCCAGUAACAUUCUGGUGCAGCUGAUGCCCAAGCGCGUGGUGAUCGUGCACGGGUCGGCGGCGGCCACGCAGGCGCUGGCCGAGCACUGCCGCGACCCACAGGUGCCGGUGACCAAGGAGAUCUACACGCCGGGGCUGGGCGAGACGCUCAACGUGGCGUCGGGGCUCAACGCCUACCGGCUGCGGCUGACCGACGCGCUGCUGCGCCAGGUGCGCAUGCAUGCGGUCGGCGCCAGUGCGCUGGGCUUUGUGGCUGGGCGCGUGCGCUAUGCCAGCGACGACGGCGUGCCGGUGCUGGACGUCGAUGCAGGCGGUGCGCGCGAUGCCGCGUGGCAGCCGGCCACAACGGUCGGCGACGCGCGGCUCAGUGCGCUGCGCGCUGUGCUGGCCGCGCACAGCAUCGCCGCACACUUUGAUGCCGAGGGCACGCUGGUCUGUGGGCCUAACGUCGCCGUGCAGCGCAGGCCUGGCGGGACAGGCAGCGGCAGCGCUGGAAUCCGGCUGCUAGGCACGCCGUCUCCUGAGUACUAUGCGAUUCGGUCGAUCGUCUACGGCCACUUUGUGAGCGUAUGAGGAGGGCGAAGAUAUGGUCCUUCAUUUUUUCAAGUUGCUUGGUGGCGGAGAUGCGAUCAUUCUUUUCUCAUGCUGCUUGAUGGCAGUGGUGUGGCGAUAUGAUCUGCGGGGGUCCCCUUUAAAAUCAACUUUUGUUUUGCAUGUCGAAAUUGUUGUUAUUCCC